AUGUCGAUCGAUCCUGCCAUUCCUGUUGCAUCUUUUGCAUGCGAUGUCUUGAAGUGCGUAGCUGUUCCUGUCAAGCGCCAAUUCGGAUACGUGAUCUCCUCCAAGAGCUACGCCCAGGAUCUUCAGAAGGAAGUCGGGAAGCUGACGUACGAGGCUGAGAGGAUCCACAAUGCCGUCGAAGUGGCCAGAAACAAUCGUCAUAUAGUCUACAGUCAAGUCACCGAGUGGCACGAAAGUGCAGAGAAGACCUUGAAGGAGGCGGGAGAGAUGUUGGGAGAGUUCGAAAAGGCGAGCAAGAGUUGCUGCUACGGGACUCUUCCCGACCCCAGUUGUCGCUAUCAGUUCAGCAGGAAGGCCAAGGAUAAGAUCGAGCUCCUUCAGCGACUCGCUCGAGAUUGCAGUGAAUUCACGGAGAUCUCCUUCAUUGAUCCUACUCCGGGGAAUGUCACUGCGGCCUCCGCUCCUCCUGCCAAGGACGAUGGCGUCUUCGAAUCCAGAGCUUCGAUCAAACGUAAAAUCAUGGCCGCUCUUGCUGAUAACCGCAACAGCGUGGUUGGGGUUUAUGGGAUGGGCGGGAUCGGCAAGUCCACCCUUUUGGAAGAGGUUGAAAGAAGAAUAAGGGAAGAGAGGUCGUUCGAUCUGGUCGCUAAGGCCGACGUGUCGGAAAAUCCAGUCGAGAGGAUUCAAGAAGAGAUCGCGUACGGGUUGGGCCUUAGUGACAUAAAGAAGGAAAAGAAUGUCCGCUUGCGAGCGAAGCUUCUGCGUGAGAGGCUAGAAGAUGAGGAGAGGACGAAACAAGAAGACGAGAAACAAGAAGAUGAGGAGAGGACGAAACAAGAAGAUGAGGGGAAGAAGAAGAAGAAGAAGAAGAAGGUGGAGAGGACGAAACAAGAAGAUGAGGAGAGGACGAAACAAGAAGAUGAGGGGAAGAAGAAGAAGAAGAAGGUGCUCAUAAUACUGGACAACUUGUGCGAAGGGCUUGACUUGAAAUCAGUGGGCAUUCCUUGCGGACACGACAACAAAGUCAUAGGAUGCAAGUUGCUGUUGACUUCAAGAUUCCAAGAUGUUUUGAGCAGGGAUAUGGGCUGCGACAGGGACUUCCUCCUGGAUGCACUGAAGGAGGAAGAGGCAAAAAGACUGUUUGAGAGGACGGUGGGCGACAAAGUUCAUCACGAUCCAUUCAAAUCCUUGGUGGAUGAAGCUCUCAACAUAUGUGCAGGUUUGCCUUUCCUAAUUAUUGCAAUGGCGAAUGUUUUUAGAGACGCCGAUUUUCCCGUAUGGAAGGAUGUUUUGAGACAAAUCAAGAUGUCUACAAACAGAGGACUCAGUGAGAGGAUAAACAAGAUGUUGCAGUUGAGCUAUAAUCGUUUCAAAGGGGAGGAUGGCAAGGAGGUGAAGUCAUUGUUACGGCUAUGUGUCGUUUAUGGUGUCUCUAAGCCCUCUCUUGAAAACUUGGUGAGGUAUGGCGUGGGUUCGAGGUUAUUUCGAGAAGAUAGCAGCAUGGAAGAAGUGAGAGACAGGUUGAGCUCACUGAUCCAAACCCUGAAAGCCUCCUCCUUUUUGUUAGCAGACGAGAAAGAUGCUGAUGUUUUCAAGAUACACGACUUGGUUCGUGGAUUCGUUGCCUCGGUAGCUUCAAGAGAUGACCCUCUUCUGGUGUUGAAAAAUCAUGAUAAGUCGGUGAUAGAGUUGCCGAAGGACAAGCUCAAAAGUUGCACAUCGGUAUGCUUUCCCUACGUCGACAUGGAGGAGCUUCCUGAAGAGUUAGAUUGCCCUGAAAUGCGGAUCUUUUUGUUGUUCGCAAACAAUGAAUCUCUUAAGGUCCCAAGCUCAUGUUUCAACUCUAUGCGAAAACUCAUGGUCUUACAUCUUUCUCGAGUGCAGCUCACUCGUUCACCUUCGCCGUUCCAGUUCUUGGAAAACUUACACACUCUGUGCCUAAAUGAUUGUUCGUUAGAGGAUGUAGCCAUGAUCAGCGAGCUAAAACGGCUAUGUGUUCUCAGCUUUGCGAACUCCAAAAUUCAACGAUUGCCAAAAGAAAUUAGACAAUUGGUGGAGCUACGGUUGUUAGACUUAAACCAUUGCUCAAAACUUGAGAUAAUUGAACCGGGUGUGCUUGGGAGCUUGAUGAAAUUGGAGGAGUUGUAUAUGGAGAAUAGUUUUGAUCGUUGGAAUGCCGUGGAGCAAACUCCGCCAACUAAUGCCGGGCUCAUUGAGUUGAACAAAUUGAAGAAUCUCUAUACUUUGCAUGUGUCCAUUCUCGAUCCGAGUGUGCUCCCAGAGGAUCUAAAUGUUGAGAAACUAACCAAGUACCAAAUCCGGAUAGGUGAUGUGCCACGCCAGCGAAUUCGCAUUGGAUCGAGCAUAUUGGAGCUUACGUUGGAUCCAAUAAGCGAUAUUCUUCAGAAAGGAUGCAUACAAACUUUAUUAGCCAAAACCGAUGAUCUCUUUUUAGGCGGAUUAAAUGGAAUUGAGCAGACUAUUUGCGUGUUAUCCCAAAAAGGCUUUUCGAAAUUAAAGCACCUACAAGUCAAGAAUAGUUCCUCCGUCCAUUACGUCCUCCAAUCUCCAUCGGAUACGGAGUUUAAGAUGUUGGAGUCGUUACUUCUCGAUAACCUCAUCAACUUGGAGAAGAUAUGCAACAACCGUAUCUCCUCCAAUUCCUUCAGUGCAUUAAAGAUAGUACGAGUUGAAAACUGCAACAAGAUGGAAGUUUUGUUUCCUCUUUCAUUAUUGAGAGAACUUCCACAGCUUGAAGAGAUCCGAGUUGUUGAGUGCCACUUAAUGCGAGAGAUUGUAGAAGUUGAUGAUAGUGACAAAGUUGAGUUGCCAAAUUUGCGGGUAUUGGAAUUGCGUGACUUGCCAAAUAUCAAGAAUUUUGUCACCAAUGGGACGGCUCCUUCAAGUAGUACAUCAAAUGACCAAGUUGGCCCUCAAAUUGCAUUCUUCAACGGGCAACAGGUUUCAAUCCCAUCCUUGGAGUCCUUGACAAUGGUUGGACUUCCCAAUCUGGAAGAUAUAUGGACCGAUGAAUCUCCGUUGGGGCUGAGCAGUCUCCAAUUCCUUGAGGUCUCUAGGUGCAAAUCUCUCGCAAAGGUCAUCAACUCCAGGUCACUGGUAAAACUACGCAAGCUACACACUUUAAAUGUAGAAGCUUGUGUUUCGGUGCAAGAAAUUUUUGACCUCGACGGACUAGGCACCAGUGCAAAUAUCGAAACUUUUUCUGAGCUAGACACCAUCUCUAUAAGCGGAUUACGAAGCUUGAGGUGCAUAUGGAACAAGAAUCCUUGUGGAAUUGUGAGAUUCCAUAAAUUAAAGCAAUUAGAGGUGUCUCAUUGUGAGAACCUCGGGUUUUUGUUUUUCCCAUCCAUGGUUCAAUCUCUCCCACAAUUGAGAGAACUAGAGGUACGACAUUGCGAGAAGAUGGAGGCAAUCAUUAUAGAGGAUGAAGGGUCGAGAAUAGAAACAUCAGAAACUCUAGUAUUCUCGAUGUUGACCAAUUUAUGGGUUGUAGGUUUGGAAAGUUUGACGUGCUUCUCUCGCAGAAAGUGUUCACAAGAAGCUUGGAGUGAGGAUUGUCUCAAAUCAUGCUACACUACUCUCUUCAAUCAAGAGGUUGCGUUUCCUUGCUUGGAGACAUUACACAUCUGGAGUAUGGAUAGCAUUGAGACAAUAUGGGACAAUCAAGUUGCUACGGCGUCUUUCUGCAAACUAAAGUCACUCAGUGUUUUUAUAUGCAACAAGCUAGUGAACAUUGUUCCUUCUUACAUUCUUGGACAGCUCAAGAGCUUGGAAAGUUUGGAGCCAGUGAGUCCUCUAGAUGGACAUCCCAUUGCUCGUUUCCCGCUAAAAAAGUUGGAGUUAGCUGGAUUAUCAAAGCUAAAUAGUGUAUGGGAUAAGGAACUUCACAGUCAAGUCAAAUUCCAGUGUCUCCAUUCCGUUACCGUUUCCAGAUGUGAGAGCCUCACCUCUCUGUUUCCAGCUUCAUUAGCUCGGGAUCUAAUGCAACUUGAGGAGUUGAAGAUCGAUGGAUGUGGUGGCAUUGUGGAACUCAUCGAGAAGGAAGGACUAGUUCCCAGGGAUGUGUUCCCUAAGUUAACCUGCCUCGAGCUUAACCAUCUACCAGAGUUGAAGUGCAUCUACACAGGAACACAUGCUCUACGUUGGCCGGCAUUGAAGACCUUGGAGGUGGAUGGCUGUAACAAAGUGGAGAUACUUGCUUCGCAACCUGAUAAUGAGAUGCCACUUCAUAAACAACCUCUCUUCUUGAUAGAAAAGGGCGCAUUCUCAAAUCUGCAAGAGUUAAAAUUGGAUUUAUGUGGACGGAUGGAGUUAUGGCAUGGGCAUUCUCAUGACGGAGAAUUCUUCUGCAAGGUUAGAGUUCUCGAGCUUCAUCAUUUCUCGAAGGAAUCUACAAUAUCCACAUGUCGUCUUGUUCGGAGUUUAACCAGCUUGCAAGAGCUGGUUGUACGUAAUUCUGAUAUAGAAGAGCUGAGCAACAUUGUGGAAGCCAAAGAAGGCCCAAGGCACGAGCUAAAAGUAAUACCACCAUUUUCCAGAUUUUUUCAACAUCUCAAGACUCUAGAUGUGUCAUUUUGUGAUGGGUUAUCAAAGAUGUUCACACCGACAAUAGCUGGAAAUUUGGUGGAACUCACGAAAUUGAGGAUAAGUAAAUGCAAAAUGUUGACAGAAGUCAUUUGUGAUGAUGGAGGUGAGGAGGGGCUUGUGGUGGUUUUCAAUCAAUUGAAGUAUAUGGAGCUUGAUGGGUUGACGGGCUUGAGAUGUUUCAGCUCAAGUAAAUACGCUUUAAUGUUCCCACUCUUGGAAGAUGUCAUUGUGAGUGGAUGUUCCUGCAUGAAGUUCUUUUCUGAGGGACCAAUAAAGGCGCCAAAGUUGGAGAGAGUACAAGUCUCAAGAGAAGCGUGGUUUUGGGAGGAAAACCUCGACAUCACCAUCCAAAAUAUGUUUAAAGAAAUGGCUACGGUUGCGGGAGUAAAGUCGAUGCGGCUGUCUGAGUUCCCCGAGCUAAUUGAAAAAUGGCACAGCGAACUUAUUCCCAUCAAGCCCUCUUGGCAAUUAGAAUCACUGGCGGUGGAUAAAUGUCCAUCAUUUACUAACGCUAUUCCAUCAAGAUUGAUACCUGUUUUAAACAAAGUGCAAAGAUUGCAUGUGCGCGAUUGCGAGUCGCUAGAAGAAGUAUUCAAUCUUGAAGGGCUGGAGCGUGUGCGAAGCACUCGGUUGCUGCCUAUCUUACAAGAACUAGAGUUGGUCAAUCUACCAAAGUUGUGGCGACUAUGGAACAACCACCUUCAAGGGACGCUGCGCUUCGAUAUGAUAUUUGGGCUCACCCUUUAUAAUUGCAGCAACUUGAGACAUGCUUUCACUCCAUCGAUGGCUCGGUGUAUUGUCAAUCUACAGUGGAUGGAAAUAAAGGAGUGUGGUCAAAUGGAAGGAGUGAUCGCAGAGGAAGAAGGGCAGGGAAGCGCAGUGGAGAAGAUUACAUUUCCUUAUCUUAAACGGAUGACGUUGGAAUGCUUGCCUAAUAUGACUAAUUUUCUCUCGGGGAAGAACCGUCCGCUGGAAUGCCCUAGAUUAGAAGAGUUGACCAUUGCCUACUGUCCCAAGAUGAGAAGCUUAACUUGGCAACCUUCGAUGGAGAUCGACCACCGCGCUCCUUCACUUUUUACUCCGGAGGUACAAUUUCCUAAGCUUGGGUCGAUAUUUCUCUCUCACAUGGAAAAUUUGAGCAAAAUAUGGACAGACAGUCCUCGAUAUACUCUCACUUUUGAACAUUUACGAGAAGUGGAGGUUGAGAAUUGUAAGAGCCUUGAAAAUCUGUUUCCGCGUUGGGUGGCUGCAAGUCUAAACCAAUUGGAGAAACUUCGAGUGGAGUUUUGUGCAAUCAAGGAAAUAGUCGCAAAGUUUCUGCCCUGA